AUGAUGAGGAUCCAACUGUGUGCAACUUUUAUCCAAUACUAUGAGAAUAGAUUGAAAUAUAUUGAGGGAGAGAUGGCUAAGGGGGAGAAUCCAUUCCCUCAUAAGUUUUAUGUGUCAAUGUCCAUUCCUGAAUACAUUGACAAGUAUGCUAGUUUAAGCAAGGGGAUCAUGUUGAAGAUGAACAAGUAUCUCUAG